UCCGUCUCGUUGCCGUGGUUACAUCAAGCUUCCCCGCCGCACUGUGAGGGACGGUGCCGCCGGGUCCGGGGCUCAGAUGGUGGCAGAUGACCGGUGACCCGCUCUGGUGUAUAUGAGGUGGCGCUAUGGCUCUGGUCGGGGCGGUACAUGUCGUUCCUAGCGGUAAGGUCUACAGACAGAUCUUCGAUGCAGAGGUGCAGCUCGUGCGGUCCCUUGGAGAGUCGCGGGCUCGGGGGGCCCCGCUUGUAGGAGGGUUGGAGAGCGGAAAGAUCCCCUUUGUCCGUCAUGAGGACACCCGCUCUGCUGGGCUGUUAUCCCCUCGCCAGCGCCGGUGGGUGGACAGCAUGCCCUACGACGGCUUCACCGAGAAUCCGGCUGUGUACCGGAAUAAAACAGCAGCAGCUCUGAAGAAAACGCAGGAAAGCGAAGAAUUGGCCGCAGCUCGGGAAGUGCGCGGCCUGUGUGAUGUCAUCGUUCCCGAGAAGACGGACAGUGACAUCCUGCAGCGGAUCACCUCCCAUAGGCAAGAGCGGCACGAUGCAGCCAUGGGCGCCCUGCAGAAGGAACUGGCAGACAUUAGUAAGGAAAUGGAGACCUUGGUCAUGGAGGCCGGAAAGAGUCUCCAGGGGAAGAUCUGCGAGUCCGAUAAAAAGACAGAACUGAUAUUCCAAAAGUAUGAAGACAGGAACGCAGGCUUCACGCUGACCGCUCUGAAUGAACUCUGGGCGCAGGUGGUGGAGGAGUCUGGUCACCGGAGACGGCACAUAAGAGACACAGAAAGGACUUUGCUGGAAGUGGAGGAAAGACGAACUGAUCGGAUUGCAGAAGUGCUGAGGAAAUUCGCUGUUCAGUUAACAGACAUUUGCUUUCUCAUGCCAUCUGAUGUCCAUAGAUUUAUACAUAAGGAAGCCAUGAUGAUAAAUCAGGCCAUAUUAGCCAACCACCGAGCUGUCUCCAAACUUUCACUUAACCUCAUGGAAGCUGAACUGAAAAGGGAAGGAUUGCAGCGCCUCCGGUGGCAAGAUCUGAUAAAGGCCUGGAAAAACCAUCAAAAGGAAAUGAUCGUUCAGGAAUUCAGAGAGUUUGUAGAACGUGAAAUAGAUGACGUUCCAGGAAGAAUGAAAACUGAAGCUGAUCUUCUAAUGGAUCUCUGUAAACCGCUCAGUGAGAAGAGACUCCAGCUUCUCUGCUCAGUCAGUGACUUUGGCCCUCCAACUUGCACCAAGUCCGCCGUGACUGAAUGGCACAAUUCUCUCCUGGCUCUAAACAAGCAGAUAGACUGUUUAGGUUCACAAUCCUUAGACAAACUCUGUGACCUUCAGUCAGAUGUGAUCCAGAGAUGUGUAGCAAAGUCGGACAUGAGCAAGGCUCAGUUAAUAAAGAUGAACAUUUGCAGUAAGGAAGAGGCAGAGAUUAUUCUGGCCAAGGAACAAGCCCCAUUUAUUGAACAAUUUGAGGUGGAAUGUGAGAAAAAACAUCAGCUAUUCAAUGAAUCUCUAGGAGCUGCGUCAAAGAAAAUGGCCGAACAUAUUAACAAAUUAUAUAAAGUUGCAAAAAAACCUGUUCACUUGUGGGAUGUCCUACAAAUCGGACUCGCCCGACAGGAAGAGACGCUGCAAACAAACAUGGACGUCUGCCGUCAGAAGCACGAUGCAGAAAACCAGAGAAAAGCAGCUGAUCUGGACAUAAUUCUGGACACGCUGCGGCAGGAGAGCACCGAGGAUCAGCUACGGCUUCUUAUGGGAAAGGCCCAGGCUGCUUUGCUUGAUAUCCGAUCUGGAUACCAGAAAUCUCAUCACGAUCAGGUGGGCAUCAUGGAGUCCUAUCCUGCCCUGGUGCGGAGUGAAUCCUUGGCUUACAGCACAUCAUUGAGCAAAUUCUUUCGUGUAAAAGAAAUCUAUGGGCAGAACAUGCCCCCAAAUGCAGGAGCGCCUGAAGGUAUUCUCGUCAUAAGCCCAGUCCCCAUGUCCAGUGACCUUGUAGCGACUCCAAAGGAAGGAGCCCCUGUAGAGUCCUCCCAUCCCACAGAUACUGCUGAGCUCUCCCGGGAGCGCAGUGCAGAGGGUGCAGGCGUCGGUGUUCUCCAGCCUCUUAAAAUAGAGGCCACAGAGGACAGCCAUGGGGCGAAUCCAGUUGCUGAGCAUGUUGAGGACUCGUCACAGCUGAGCCGUGAAAAUACUGCAGAUGAGACUCCAGUAUCCGAGCCACCGCAUCGGCAGGUUUCUGAAACGGCGACUGCACAGCACGAGCAUAGUUCACCCACAGAGGAAACCCCUGUGAUAAGUGAAACUUUCACAACCUCCAAACAGCACACCUACACGGUGCUGAAGAAGAAAGACCCGAAGGUCCAGUCAUCCAUGGAAGAUCAGCCCAACAGUGUGUUCUUCACGGAGGCUGCUAUAGAGGACCCUUUAAAUCUGGACCACAUUGUUUUACCAGAUGAGAUGAUUGCAGAAAUUAAAAGCAGUCUCCGUCUGCGGUUCUAUGAGCAUCUGGAGGUUUGGUUUGAUGAAACGGCGUCCAGUUCGCAUAGUAUCGUCCUUGCCAAGAAGGAAGAGCUGAAAUCGGAGCUGGACCUACGCUGCCAUCUGCAUCAGCCUCGAAGUCGGCGCAUAAAGAUGGACAUCCACAAUGUUAGGGCAGCCGAGUUGCGCCUCCACUCAGACCGCGUUGACCGUCACUGCGAGGGAGUAAAUGACGCGCUGGACAACCUAAAGCAAGAGAGCAUUUUACUGAUUGAGAAGAUGAAAAAAGAGACCCAAAACUUCCGCAGCAAAAUCAGCGGCAUGGAAAAUACGUUUCUGAAUGGCAGGAAAUCUGACAAACUAGUCACCCUGUGCAACUCCCUCCCAUCCAUAUUGGACAGUCACAAUAGCGGCGUGCAGACCGCCAUGAGGAACUAUCGGCAACACGUGGAGGAGAUGCUGGGAAAGUUGUGCGACACCAACUCUGAUUUCAUCAAGUCAUUUCGGUUGUUUUCAGAAGGAGGAAACUUUUCUCCGGACGAGAUUGAGAUACUUCGCAAGAGAUUGCACAAGGCAUCGGCCACCAUUGCAUCCUUUGAGGGCUCCAUCAUGGUGGACUUGGAGGGACUGGAAUCGCAAUGCUUGGAGCAAGCCACAGAAGUUGUGAAGAAGUUUGAAGACAAAUUCCUUAGCAUAACUACAGACAUGAUUUUCCUCGAAAACAUACAAAAACUCCUGACAAACCUGCAGGUGAAGAUUAAAGCUCUGGUCGCGAACAGUAAUUCUCAGUCUCAGCAGAUCAACUCUUACCUAGAACAGCUGCGGCUGAAGACGGACGCCUGCGCACAUCCAAACAUUGACAAAGAGGUAGUAAGCAGUGACUAUCUCUAUGCAUUCAUGAAAACCGUAAUGGAAGAAGUAACGCAGAGAAGCCGCUAUCUGUCAUGUCUCCUGGAACCCAACCCAGUUCUACAAGAAUCUCCCUUGCAAGGUCCUAUUGCCACGGCUUCACGUGGUGAUGUCACUUCAAGACAAGAAGGGAAAGUGACGUCUGGGAGCCCCGACAGCCUGCUUAAUCCAAGCAGGAUUGGAAAACUGGCUCUGGAUGAUGCGGCAGUGGGUGUCAUAAAGAACAUCAUGAAGACUCAGAGAAUAUAUGGCGAGGCACAUCCGGAGCAGGAUGAAGGGAAUCCAUCUCUGUCCUCUGUAGCAGUGUCACACCAGAGUCCGCCCCUAGCACCACAUCCUCCACUACGACCCAGCAGUGGAAAUAAAAAGAAGAUUGGCUCAACUGAAGGUGAAAAUGUCCCAGCCAAGUAUACAUCUCCCAGUCUUCGUAAGCUGGUGAAACCAACAAGGUUCGACAAGAAAUACCAGAUUUUUGGAGAAAAGAAAGAGGAAUCGGAUAAUUUCAAAGGCAUCCUGACCUCCAUUUUGUGGGAGAGCAAUGAUCACCUGCUGUAUUUGGCUGAGGAAUUCUACAAGAAGAAGGAGCGCCGCCCUAUAGCCCGGCCAGACUUACUGCAGGAAACAUUUGAAGACUGUGCUGACACUUUAGUCAUCAAGCUUCAGUCCUAUGAGAAUCAGGCCCUGGAGUAUCACAAUAACUGCGUCCUUGAGUUCCGAGAGCAGUUGGAGCAACUUGAGAAGUUGAUGAGUCUCAUUACACCUCUUAAAAUAAGAAGCCUGAGGGAGGAAAACAUGAACUUCAUGCAAAACUCGAUUGCCAGCACCCGCCAGCCCUUUAUGAAGGAGAUCGAGCAGUGGAACCAGACAAAAGAAGAAAUGAAGACUCUGCUGAGACCGAGCCUGGGACAUCCAGAUAACGGGCACACUUUAGAUCAGCUCUGCAAAGAAGAAGAAAGGAGGCAGAGAGAAGAGAGGGAGGGGAUUGAUCACAAUGCCCAGUGCUUAAAGGAACGUGUCUCGCAAAGUAUGCAGCAUUUUGUCGCAUCUCUGGCGUCCCUCACCGAGCACAUGCUGCUGGAACUGGAUGAAGCACUUACCGUGGAUGACGUGUUACCCGCCAAGAAGGAAGUUCCAAAGGAGAAGCUUUCAACACUGAUCAGACGCACGCAAGCUGGCCGACCAUUAGAGAACACAAAGUACCAGCCUCUGAUCGAGCGCGGCUGCAGGGUGUGGCCCGGUAUCUCCCUGUCCUCUGUCCUAACAGAGAUUAGAGAUGCUGCAGCAACUGCCUCAGUAACCACCGCCAAGACCACCCUAAUUCACGUCUCCACAGUGGAAGCUCGGGAUGCUGCUUAUCUGAAAUUUGUACAAGAUGUGGAGCUGGCGCUGACCACCAUUGACGAGGAGAGGACACAGCAACAUCUGGCGGCGCAGCGCUGGGAGGAAUGGUGGCGCCAAUCCGUCCUGAAGAUAAAAGAGCUUUAUUCUGCAAACUAAAUCAUGUCGGGAUGUCAUCUGCUUUCAUCUGUCAGUCCUCAGGACACAUGUCCUCUACAGGGACUGCUCCCAUCGUGUAUGAUGAAAUCUAAGUAUAGUCUAAUUCUAGAGGUGCGUUCCUUCACAAGAAUAAAAAAGAAAUUGGUUGUGAUGUUGAACAUAACGUU